AUGUGGUCAAUCUCACUGAAAACUUGGCAGGAUUUUAACGCCUCUUGCACAGCACUGCGAUUCUUCAACUGGACGCUCGUACCCUUCGGCGAUCCAUUCUUUCGUGUGUUUGGGGAGCAUGUCAAACCCCAACUGACGUCACUGUCACUAACCGCAAAUUUGCGCUGGAGCUACGAGCGCUAUCUCCGCCAUUAUCAUGGCUCUGCAACGAGAGAGGACGAGUGGGAUACCCACCCGGACUACGGUACUUCUUGUCAUUAUCCUGGCGAGGCAUUACGAGGAUGCCCCGCACUGAAAAAAGCUGAUUAUUGA